GCUCCUUUUUCAUUCAUGACCAACGGGGUGAAUCUAGGUACCUACUCACAAUUAUGAGAUUCUCAUCUCAACUGAUUGGGGUGCGCCGUUGUGGUGCGAUGUGAUGCGAUGUGAUUGUGUAAUCCUAUUUGUGAAUGGGUGAAUGGGUGAAUGGCGUCAAUCUCAUCGGGCGCAGACUUUUUUUCUAGGAAUUUCCAUUUAUUUGACUCAGGCUUCCGCUUGGAUAUUUUGUUUACUCAAAACCAACAAAAGACAAAAUAACAAACCGCAGCUUCUUUAUAUCAUCCACUCAUAGAUAUCGAAACCAAAUCUACACAUACUCAGUCGAUUAACUGAAAUUCAAAAUGAGAGCUUACUGGUUUGAUAACGAGGAGGGCGACCAACGGGAACUUCACGACUCGGGCCGCGACGUUAACCCUGAGUACUUGGAGAAGCUCGGGGUUCUCUAUUACAGAUUCGCAGAUGAGAAAGAUGUCGACAAGCUCGCCUCUGACAGAAGCUACAAGAAUCGCGAUGUAAUUACGGUUUCACCAGAGAAAAUGGGUGAUAUCUACGAGGAGAAGGUCAAGUCGUUCUUCAAUGAGCAUUUGCACGAAGAUGAGGAGAUUAGAUAUAUCAGAGAUGGAGCGGGAUUCUUCGAUGUCAGGAGUGAGGGCGAUGAGUGGGUUCGCAUUAGGUUGGAAAAGGACGACUUGAUCAUUCUCCCAGCUGGUAUCUACCAUCGUUUUACCACUGAUGCAAACAACUAUAUCCAAGCAAUGAGAUUGUUCAAGGAGGAACCCAAAUGGACUCCUUUGAACCGUGGUCCGGACGUUGACGUCAAUCCAUACCGCAAGGAGUACUUGCAAACUGUUCCUGCAAUUGCAGGCCAGUAACGGAAGAGUGAAGAUGAAGGGUAGAUGAUGGUUGGAUGGAUGUUGGACGACUACAUGAUGGAAGUGGAACGGCGAUAACGAAGUAAUGAAGCACUGCAAGCUGAACGCGAUAGCAUAUGAUAAUAGGUAGCAAGAAGACGAUUUCUCGGUCUUCAACAAGUUGUGUAUGAGUUACAAUUGAAACAAUGCACAGUGUUGUCGCAUAGAUGAAUAGGUAGGCAUGGCAAAAGUCAUACAUAUAUGUAACCUAGUUCGUACUUUGUAUUCAUGCCAGUUACCUACAUCUGACUACCGUCCUAACUGUCUGAACUAUGUGCUCCCAUCCCAUCCCGUCAUGAGCGUCAACCAUCCACCAAGGUAAAGAAAGAUUCCGACUUACGUCAUAUCGUGCCGUGCAGUGAAUGAAGACAUAAGAUAGACGAAUUUUUGAAGAUGAUAAGAAAUUGUAAACA